UUAUCUCAUAUUUAAUAGGUUCAUUUUUGGUUUUAUAUAGUGAAUGCCAAUAUAUUUUAUAGUUAGUAAUUUGGUAUUUUGGGUGAUUGAUGUGUAUAUAUAUAAUAUUGACUGAAAAAUGUAACCAUGCAUGCAUUGCACCAAGUUCCCUCUAUAUAUAUACACCUCCACAAGUGAAUUCUCCUUCAAAUCAGUUCUCUUCUAUCCAAAGCGCUUUCUUCUAUAUCAGUCUAAAAUUACCAAAAAACAAUAUUGCGUUUUCGCUUACUUCUUAAAAAGAUAGAAACAGGUCUCAUUACCUACGACAACUGUUCACCCAUUGUUAUAUUAAAUUGUGUCAGAUUAUGGAAACAAAGAGGGUCAUGAUGAGCUCAGAGAGAUCAAAGCAGAAGAAGAGAUCAAUAUGUAGAAGAUUGGGGAAGCAUAUUAAAGAACAGAAGGGAAGGAUUUACAUCAUCAGAAGAUGUGUGGUCAUGCUCCUUUGCUGGCAUGAUUGAUCGGAAAUAAAAGUUUUCGAACCGUGCCAGGUUCAAAUGUAUGUAUGCACGUACCACACGUUGAGUAUGUGUGCAUGUGGGUUACUAAAUGAGGGAAGAGUGGUGUUAGAGGUAGGGUGAAAACCGGUUUGCUUGGUUUAAUUUUGUGAGUUCUACCGAUCGAAUUGUAUAUAUAGUGACCUCAACCCUUUCGUUGGUUGUUUUUAAACUAAUAUUUACAUUAUGCAAUGGCUUAUAUAUUGAUUCAUCAAUAUUAAAGUACUAUAUCGUAUUCUAUAAUGUGAUAUCAGAUUGUCUAGAGAUGUAAAAUAUCAAUAUGAUAGAUUUGGAUUCGAGACCACUAGUACAACCAUCACUGUUGAUUAUAAAACUACUAGUUAUGAAAAUGAGAUCCGACCAUAGGUGUGUCAAGAAAUUAAAAGAGUAAUAUUUUCUUUUAAUGUCUAUGAUGAUUCUCGACCAUGUAUCUGUUUGUUUUUAACCUCGUCCAUGUCCCUCUUUCUUAUAAAUUUGUCAAAAACUUCAAAUUAUUUUGGAUGCAGUAAGCCAUUUGAAUGAGUGACUGGAAUCCAGUUUACGGCAAGGAAACUUUUCGUGUGCGACAAUCAAAAUAAUUGUCUCGCGUCACAAUUACACUUUUUAGGUCAAAUAUUAAACUUGAACAACUUGGUACCAGCUAGCUCAUCUCCCAACUGAUACCACCUAGACCUAGUCAUAACCAACAGUCUCCACGUUAGAUUCGACAUACCUCGUGAAUUUUCAGCUCAACUUGUAGCUUCUCCCAAGGUCACCCAAAAAUCGCAAGAAAACCUAAUUUCUUUUUUUCAAUGGUUGAUAUUUUUAAGCGAAUAUUCAAUAUAACUCACGGUUUAGAAUUCUAAUUAAUGCCAUGUAGUUUUGAUCCAAAACAAAGCCAUGUAGAGGCGGCUUAGGAGGAGACAGGCAGUGCGACCACCCCGUACCAGCCCUAAUCCGAUGUCUCCCAUAUAAUAAAAAUUAAAGGUUCUGAUUUUGUAUAUAUAUUUUUUGUACAAAUUUAAUCUAUUUCAAACGAAAUUGGAUGUCUAUUUUUUUUUCAUCACAAACUUACAAAAAUAUUACUUAUAACGUUUUUAAAAAAAAGAAAUUUAAAACCUAAAUUUAGGAGUACAAAAUUACUUUUGCCCUAUGGCUCAUCAAAAUAUUGAGCCGGUUCUGAUGUCAUGUAGUUCUUUAAGAUAUCUCAAAUCGCAUCGUUUCAUUUAACGGGUUUCAUCGAAGGGUUUAACGUUUCCUUGGAGGUUUAGUCUGAUAUACGUCAAUAUAAAUUGUUUAUAGAAAUGGUCCGUGGAGGUUACUCGCAUUAACAUGCGUGUUUGCUUGCGAUAUUUUAAAAUUCGAAUGGUAGCCCAGUAAUAUUAUUUGGGCUUCAAAACAAUAGCCCAAUAAUAUUUAUUCUUUCUUGGGCUCGUCUUAAAAUCGUAAACUUUUAUUCCAAUCACGAACGUAUAAAUGAAAAUUUGACAACAAAAUAAUCAAGAACAAGAGUUUGGUAAUAGAAACAUGUCUAGAAUACAAAGGGAAUAAGAGCUUUGACAUGCUUAGGGAAGUCAUCAAACUUGGAAAGAUACCAUCUUCUCGUAGCAUAGCUCCGACCAAUGAGAUAGAAAGUUGUUCCCAUGGCGAAAGAAAA